GAUUAUUUUAUCAUUAGCCAUACUAGUCAUAUAUAACUUUUCUGAGAACGUCCAAACACUAACUCAUCUAAAAUAAAUAGAAGGCGUCGGAGAAACUGUUACAAUCAUUGGUGGAAUUGGAUUUCUUUUAGAUCAAAAUUGUGUUUAACUGGCUAAUUGGAAAAAAAUUAUAUAAAAGAUGGCAGUUCGUGCUCAAUUUGAAAAUAAUAAUGAAAUUGGUGUAUUCAGCAAACUCACAAAUUCAUAUUGUUUGGUUGGGAUUGGUGCUUCAGAAACAUUCUAUAGUGUAUUUGAAUCUGAACUAUCAGAUAUUAUACCAGUUAUUCAUGCAUCUGUUGCUGGCUGUCGUAUUGUUGGUAGAAUGACUGUUGGCAAUAAAAAUGGCUUAUUAGUACCUAAUUCUACAACAGAUACUGAACUUCAACACAUUCGUAACUCUCUACCAGAUAGUGUAAAAAUACAACGUGUAGAAGAGCGUUUAUCAGCUCUUGGUAAUGUAAUGGUAUGCAAUGAUUAUGUUGCAUUAGUACAUCCCGAUUUAGACAAGGAUACUGAAGAAAUUCUUUCAGACACCUUAAAUGUUGAAGUUUACAGACAAACAGUUGCUUCAAAUUGCCUAGUAGGAUCGUAUUGUGCUAUUUCUAAUCAAGGUGGAUUAGUGCAUCCUAAAACUACUGUUGAAGAUUUAGAUGAAUUAUCUGGUCUUAUACAGGUUCCUUUGGUAGCUGGCACAGUUAACCGUGGUUCAGAUGUUAUUGGUGCUGGAAUGGUAGUCAAUGAUUGGUGUGCAGUUUGUGGUACAGAUACAACAUCUACAGAAAUAUCUGUAAUUGAUAGUAUUUUCAAGUUAGAUCCAGAUGGUGUUCAUAAAAUGAAAAAACUUAAGGGUCCACUUAUUGACAGUAUAAAAGCUGUUUAGAAAGAAAUAUUAAGUUAAAAACAUAAUAAUUUUACAAUAUAAUUGAAUAUAUUUUGAUGUAAAAUUCAAAUAUUUUGAUGAUGUAUGUAUUUAUUAUUUCAUGAUUUAGUAUGUAAUAACAAUUUUUAUUUGUGAAAACCAAUAAAAUUUUUCUUUUUUGAAUGAUAAAAA